UUUUUUUUUUUGAGUUUUUUCGUUUGAAAACAAGUAUAUAUUUGAAAUGGUAUUUGAACAGGUAUCAUUGGAAAACCACGAGGAACAUUCAGAAAUUUCCCCAAUAACACCUAAACUGAAUCGUAUUGGAGGAGAUAAUACAAUAGAAUCCCCUUUAAAUUCACAUCAUCCUCAAGAAAAUACACCUACAGAUUCACCGCGUCGUCAUCGACGUCGAAGAGAGCCAACGUCGUUUAAUAUAUUGGUUAUUGGAUUUUGUGGGUCUGGAAAGACAAGUUUUGUUGAGUUUCUCUCUGAACAGUUGAAUAUUGCAAAGGAUCAGCAGCAUUCGGCUUUGAAAGAAGAGGAAAAGUCGGAUUACUUAGAUAUGGGGUUUACCUAUUGUUAUACUGAAACAGAAAUAAAUGGUGAACGUGUUGCUGUAACUCUGUGGGAUAGUCGUGGUUUUGGUACAUCUCGAGAUUAUGAAAUUGUAAACCUUCAAAUGGACGAGAUAAUAUUGUUUAUGGAAAGCAAAUUUGAGAAUACGUUUUCAGAGGAAACUAAGGUUGUAAGGUCUCAUAAACAUAUUGAUACGCAUAUUCAUUGUGUGCUUUAUUUGAUUGAUUCGACAUCUUCUUAUCUUUAUAAUGAUAUAUCACUAGAUUCUCUAGAUAUUUCUAUCAUACAAAAAUUAAGUAAAUAUACUACAGUUAUUCCUGUAAUAUCCAAGGUGGAUACAUGUACAAAGCGUCGGAUUGAGGAUAUGAAACUUGCAUGGAGAAAAGAAUUCGAGAAAAGCGAGAUAAAAAUUUUUGAAUUUCUUAGUAAUAAUGAAAUCCAUGAUGACGUUUCUGCAUGUGGGUCAACACAUAGUCGUGAAAAGGAUGAAAAUUAUGAUGAUAUUUAUGAUAUGUUACCAUUUAGUUGUAUGACACCCGAUCGAAUGCAAAUUAUUCCUUUUUCCGUUGAAAAAGUAAUGAAAUUUGAUAUAUGUAGAGAAUAUUCUUGGGGGAAAGCAAAUCCAUUGGAUGAAAAACAUUGUGAUUUUUCAAAAUUAAAAGAAAUGGUUUUGGGGGAAUGGAGAAAUGAAAUACGGGAUUUUUCUAAAGAAGUUUUAUAUGAAAAUUGGCGUACUGAUAGACUUGAGAAGCUUAAAAAUCUUUCAUUAAAAGAUAAUAAAACUUAAGGGUUAGUUUUUCUAAAUAAUUUUUUAAAUAAUUGCUGU